CUACAUUAAUAAGUUAAUUUUACUCAUCCUUGCUCUUGGGCAGCAUCAGAACGCCAAUAGAAGAAUGAGACUAUGCCGAUAUUCGCGGUGCACUUGCCUUGUCACCCUCAGAAAAGGCCAUUUUCCAACCAAAACUAAAUAAACGAUAAAAUUAGAUUUUGUGUCUUUAGCAACUAAUCCAUCUGCCGUCAAUUAUACGAAAUCCAUAUUCUCACUAUACGUCAAUGGCGUAUCCCAGUUUUGUUAAGGGGCACCUCUACCAGUUAGUUUCCAUCUUCUGUCUCUUCAUCUUCUGUUCUCCAAACUGAAGAGGCAGCAGAUGUAGAAAAGUUUAACCAUCUUAUUGAUUUCUCUCCAAACUCAUAUAGAGACAUACCUCACUUAGUAGAUAAGAUAUGGAAGAAGAAUCCCAGCCUCCUAAAUUCGCCCUUCCGGUGGAUUCAGAACACAAGGCCACUGAAUUCCGGUUAUUCUCGGUGGCAGCACCUCACAUGCGAGCAUUUCAUCUGUCUUGGAUCUCCUUCUUCGCUUGUUUUGUGUCUUCUUUUGCGGCUGCACCGCUCCUCCCAAUCAUCCGAGAUAACCUCAACCUCACAUCCACUGAUAUUGGCAACGCCGGGAUUGCAUCAGUCUCCGGAGCAGUCUUUGCCCGGAUUGCCAUGGGGACUGCCUGCGAUUUGUUUGGACCCCGCCUUGCCUCUUCCUCGCUCAUCCUCCUCACUGCACCAGCAAUUUACUUCAGUUCCAUUGCCUCAUCUCCUACAUCUUUCCUCCUCGUACGCUUUUUCACAGGCUUCUCCCUUGCUACUUUUGUCUCAACUCAAUUCUGGAUGAGCUCUAUGUUCUCUGCUCCAGUAGUUGGUGCCGCCAAUGGUUUUGCAGGUGGCUGGGGCAACCUGGGUGGUGGAGCGACGCAACUCCUCAUGCCACUUGUGUUUAGUGUCAUCCAAAACAUAGGCGCGGUCAAAUUUACAGCCUGGAGAAUUGCUUUUUUCAUUCCUGCUCUGUUUCAAACAUUGUCCGCAUUCGCGGUUUUGAUCUUUGGACAGGACAUGCCGGACGGGAACUUCCAUCGACUGCAGAAAUCAGGGGAGAAGCCAAAAGAUAAAUUUUCGUGGGUUUUCUACUAUGGGAUCACAAACUAUAGAGGGUGGAUUCUGGCAUUGACUUACGGUUAUUGCUUUGGGGUAGAACUGACUGUGGACAAUAUUAUAGCAGAGUACUUUUAUGACAGAUUCAAUCUAAAACUCCAUACUGCAGGAAUGAUAGCAGCAAGUUCUGGGUUAGCAAAUCUAUUCUCUCGGCCAGGAGGAGGGCUUCUCUCUGAUGUAAUGGCAAAGAGGUAUGGAAUGAGAGGAAGGCUUUGGGCCUUGUGGGUAGUGCAAACCUUGGGAGGUGUUUUCUGUGUAAUUCUUGGGCAGGUUGGGACUUUAAGUGCAUCCAUUGUUGUGCUGAUUGCUUUCUCUUUGUUUGUCCAAGCUGCAUGUGGGCUUACAUUUGGGGUGGUUCCUUUUGUCUCUCGUAGGUCACUGGGGGUCGUAUCCGGCAUGACUGGCGGUGGUGGAAAUGUUGGGGCAGUUUUGACGCAGCUGAUUUUCUUUAGAGGAUCCAGAUAUUCAAAAGAAACAGGGAUAACUCUAAUGGGAAUCAUGAUGAUAUGCUGCAGCCUUCCAUUAUUCUUAAUAUACUUCCCGCAGUGGGGUGGGAUGUUUUGUGGCCCAUCAACAAAAGCACACGCCACAGAAGAGGAGUACUACAUGUCUGAAUGGAAAUCAAAUGAGAAGGAGAAUGGUUUUCAUCUAGCAAGCUUGAAAUUUGCCGAGAAUAGCGUGAGCGAAAGAGGCGUAAAAGCAGACUCUGUAACCAGGCCCUCUGAUCAAACUUCACCAGAUCAUGUUUAGCCACACCUCAUUCAUGCCUGUCUAUAAAGAAUUCCCUGUUCUGCCGGAAAUAAGGCCCAAAGCUAUGCAAGUAACAUGCGUUUAGAUUCUUCUUCUUCUUCUUCUUCUUUUUUUUUUUUUUUUUAAUUUAUUUUCAAGUCAACUUCUAAAAGCUUUUAUACUUCUAGCCUACCCACCAUCAAUUUGUUCUUCUGGAGUUGGGAUUUGGGUUUGCUGUGUAAGUUUGUUGGUUUCUUUGUUCUUGCUCGUUACUUGGAUCAUUGGGCGGGUGGGCCUUUUCCUAUUGGACGUUCUUUGGGAACUGUACCCGGAGUAAUUCUUUUUUUUUUUUUUUUACCGUUCAUGCGACCAUUUUCACACUCCAUGAGAUGGUCCGUGACCCAUGUCCCUCACUCUGUGUUAGAAAACAAGACCCAGAACAAUAAUUGAAUAGACUUGUGGGUGCCUAGUAAUUGCUAGCCCAUUAGGCUAACUAUUUCUCAAUCGGCUCACUUUCUUCUGUUUU